AUGCAGCAAGCUCUAGAAGGAGCUUUGGAGCGUGCGGAGUAUGUCAUUGCAAGUGCCCAGCAGAGACCGCCGAAAAGGAAAUACUCAUCUAGUGGGGAAACGUCUCUCUAUGGAAAACUUUAUGCCAUUUAUGCCGAAGAAUGUGAAAAAGAGCCUGAGGUUACGGAGGAAUUAAGACGCAACGUGAACCUGUUAGAGAAGCUUGUUAGGAGGGAGUCGUUGCCGUGUUUGGUGGUCAACCUGUACCCAGGAAAGGAGGGCUAUUCUCUGGUGCUCAGGGAGGGAAAUGGAUCAUCUACAGAGAGCGUGCGGCUGCCCUAUGAAGCAGGGGAAUUGCUCGAAUACUUGGAUGCAGAAGAAUUACCUCCCGUUUUGGUGGAUCUCCUGGAAAAGUCUCAGGUUAACGUUUUUCAUCAUGGGUGUGUCAUAGCAGAAAUACGGGACUACCGGCAGUGCAGUGACAGGGAACGUCCCGGCUACCAAAGCAGGCAUAUCCUCUUACGGCCCACGAUGCAGACUUUAGCCUGCGAUGUGGAGGCCAUAGCGAGCGAUCACCAGAAUUGGACCCAGGAGGACAAACUUUUGCUUGAGAGCCAGCUGAUCUUAGCUACAGCUGAGCCACUGUGUCUAGACCCUUCUAUAUCAGUAGCCUGCACUGCAAACAGACUGCUCUAUGACAAGCAGAAGCUGAACACUCUUCCUAUGAAAAGGAGCUUCAAGAGGUUUUCUACGGCCUCUCUGAAUCGGCAGGAGGAGCUGUCUCAUUGUCCACCUCCUCCUGAACUCAGAGCCCUGACUUCUUGCAAAAAAAAAAGAGAAAGUAAAACAGGUGCGGAUUAUGGCCUCAAAACUUUUAAAGCAGGAAAUUGUGUAGAUUUGUGGAAACAGAGACCCUGUGACUUGGCUGUACCUUCCCGAGUGGACGUGGAGAAAUACGCUAAAGGGAAGAAGUCUGUCAGAUAUGGUGACCCACAACCAAGAGUCUGGCCAGUGCGUGAGGUACAAGGUGGUCUUGCAUUUGGAAGGGAGGCUGGCUACCAGCCCCAGGCAACAAGGCUGACCAUCAGGCAGCCGACUGAUAAUUCGCUUGCCUCUGGAAAAGGGUCUGGUAAAGAAGUCACGUGGGAGACACAGCUGUGUCCCCAUCACUCUUCCACAGAUGAGCAUUCCAACAGUUUCCUGCCGAGGCCAAAGACUGAUGCUGGGAACAUGGUCAGUCGGCCGGAGGAAUUGGUCCAGAAGAGCGCCCGGUGUCCAGUGCUGAUGUCACACAGCUCCGGCGGCUCAGCCAGUCUCAGGCGGCAGCCGUCUCCAGGGAAAGAACCAGAAGAGCCUGAGACUGGGAGGGUUCAGUGUUCAGGUCGGGGCAGAGGAGCCAAACAUCUGCCUCCCCCUCUGAGACUUCCCUGGAGCUCAGCAAAGGUCUGCUGGGGUGACGGUUUCACUUCACAGCAAGCAGGCAGCUCUCAGGCAUGUCCAUCUCCAGGCCCUGCUCCUAAGCCACCACGUCUUUCCCAGAAAUCCUCUGUGGGGCUGAACCGAGUUAGCUGGCUUCCUGCCGCCGCCCUGUCCCCGGCAGCCUCAUUGCAGAGGCCCCCGGACGCCCAGGUCACAGCCAUCUCCACUGGCGUGAAGGUCCCCAGAGUGUUGGGCCCUGGUCGCAGAGGCCAGGCCUUGGGGACAGGCUGUGCCCCCAGGGCCCCAGCCCCUGCGGGGGUCCAGCCAGGCCACCUGCCCGCAGGGGCUCGGCCACCGAACCCGCGGCCCGCCACCCCGCCACCUUCCUCUCCUCCUCCUCAUCCUCCUCCUCCGGGAGGGAUCACCUUUCUGCACACUUGCCACUCAGAGUUUCUGAACUUUUACAUCUCUGCUGUCCUAGAACCCAGAUGGAACUCAAGUCUCACAGAACUGGACCUCCAAAUUUCUGGAGAAAAGGAUUCUGAUUGCCCUAGCCCGGGCCCAGCACUUCUAGCGCAUCCGGGCACUGGAGAGGACCAACUUGUGUGGCUGAUGGGAUGGGGCACUAAGAACUAUGACCUAUGGAAGACUGUGCCAGGAGCUGAGCACACCCGGCUGAGCCAAUCACCAUGGGAGAACAGCACGCUGGCCCUGGACGAGAGCAGCACUGACCAGUGGCCACGGAAGACUGGUGUCCUCUGUGACACCAGGAGGCAGCAAGUCCCACUGCAGCAAUGCCAGCACCCAGCAACAGCCAGCUGGGACCUUCCGUUUGGACUGUGUGAGGCCCAGUGUUCUCAGACCACCCGGAGGGCUGCAGAGGAGCCUGAGAGGUUGAUGUUGGGUUUCCUGUCCACCUGA